AUGGAAAAGGAAGGUGGCUUCCGUUUUCCAAUUUACAUACAACACAGCCACGUCACGCAAAGGGGAAUCUUGUCUGAGAAGAAGAUUCCCUUGGUAUUCAUCUUCAUCAGAUCCAACAUUAGGGCUUCCGCCCACCCAUCAACCCCCGUAACAAUUAAUGGGCAGAAGAGCUCUCGGCGGCAUACUUCCAAUACCGCUCGGCAGAAGCUCUACGGAGAUCCUUGCCCUUCCAUGUCAUGA